GUAUUAGAAGAAUUCAUAUCAGCUUUCCAGAAUCAUAUUGAAGAUCCAGUUAGAUUAAAACACAGUUUGUUGCCGACUGUAACUUCCAAUGAAUGUGACAGUGCACGAGGUUCAAAUCAGGAUAGUUUGGUUAAAAUGUUACUUGGAAUUGAUUUAUUGCAGCCAAAUCUUGCAAGUAUAUUGUUGGAAAAACUCCCAGAAUUCUCAGAUGAAGAUCAAGUAUUCGAUCACACUGGUACAGUUAAUAUACCACAUCUUAUAAUGAAUCAAUUCAGAUGGUUGGACAGGAUUGUCAAAAGUAAGGAUCUUGUUGAUAAGAUGUUUGAGGUUGUUGAGAUCACAUCAAUUGAAAUCCAGAGAGAAAUCGUAACAUGUUUACCUGAAGUGGUAGAAGACAGUGAACAUGGUGAUGUAGCAAGACAACUCAAGGAGUUAUUACAACACAGUAGUCAGCUGACUGUUCCUAUCCUAGAUGCAUUAGCUAACUUGAAUCUACAAAAUGAACUCAUAGCUGAGGUGAGACUAUCUGUAUUACAAAUGCUGUCCUCCGCUGAUAUAGAUGAUUUACCCAUUGUCGUCAAGUUUAUUUUACAGACUGUCACACCAAGCGAUGCCUUUGAGGCCAUUGAAGGUGUUACAACUGCUGCAGAUCACAAGGUGAUCGAUAUAUUUGUAUUAUUGAUUUUGUACACUACAGGAAAUCGCAAAAAGACAAUUGAGAGUUUGUUUCGUAAUAAAAUCCGAUCAGGUCAUUUUACUGAGGAAUUAUUACGUGUUACUUUCAACAUGCAUUCACAGGUUGUGAGAGAAUACUUUGCAUCCAUCUUAUCUUUGUCCGAAGUAUUAUUACGAUCACCAGAACCACCAGUAUGUCAUUUUGGGUGUACGUUUUACAAGCACGCAUUCACUUGCUUAGAUCUUUACUGUAAACAGGAGAUAGUUGGUGCAUUGGUGACACAUAUCGGUAGUGGCUAUGCUGGCGAAGUGGAUUCAUCAUUAGAUAUACUCUCUGACUUGGUAGAUAUCGCACCGGCAGCUAUGGCACCGUUUGCUGUAUUCAUUAAGAGUGUGCUUGAUUAUUUGGAUAACUUGUCCAUUUCACAGAUCAGAAAACUCUUCUCUAUUCUCAGUAAUUUAGCUUUCAGAAAUAACCAAGAUACAAGUCACAUACAGGAUGACAUUCAUAUUGUGGUUCGUAAGCAGUUAACCAGCGCCAGUGCUAAAUACAAACGUAUCGGUGUGAUUGGUGCUAUUAUGCUCAUCCACAACAUGGCUUAUAAUGACAAAUCUGAUGAGGAAUCAGUUGACCAAUCAGCUUCAUUGAAUGUUGCACCCAUUGGAGAUGAGAAUUACAAACAGGUAAUUUCAUUGCUGGAAUUGGUUCGUAAUAGUAGCAGUAAAUCACCAGAAGCUGCAGCGUUAUUCUUUGAUGAACUGUCAGCGGUUAUCAGCGGCGGAGAUUUAGAUUCAAGAAUACAGACAUUUAUCAGUGAAUCAGUCUUAGGAGAUUUCCAAGAUGACUACAUAGUGGAUGAUACCGGAGAGAAUACAAACAGCGAGGGUUCCAUUCCAAUGCAGUUAUGUUAUUCUUUGGAUGAAGACAGUGAAGGUGGAAUUGUUGUCAAUUUACUGUCUCUUCUAGGAGUUGAGGAAAAAUCUAAAGGAUUGCAUCUCAGUAAUGAAUACAAAGAACCUAAGAG